AUGGCUUCGCACGAUGCAAUGCUGUAAGUGUCUCGAUGAUGCGUCUUGGCGCACCUCGAUCACUGCAGCGCUGCCAGCAUACACAAUGGUGCAGUUGACACUGACCGCUCCCUCCCCUUCGCCUUCCAAAAGGUCCUUUUCCACCUCGGAGGAAGAGAUCCGUUGGCUCAAGAACAAGGUGGCAGAGCUGAACGAUGCUCUGGGGGACUUGCAAACGGAGCUGGCUGACUUUGCGGAGAGCAGCAAGGAGGUGGAGAAGGAGAUGGACAGGGAGUUGCAGGAUGCUUACAAGAGAGAAAAGGAUGCGCGCAUACAGGCGGAAAAGUCGCAGAGCGUGGUCGAAGAUUGGAAGGUGAGCAAGAUGAUCUCGGCGUGAUGAGUUCGCUGGAUUGGAUUGCAUUUGUGCUCGAGACGAAUGUUGACUCUGCAUGCACACAUUGCAGGCAAAAUACCAAAAUGCGUUGGCAGAGCACAAUCGGUAUCACGCGGAGACUGAAAAGGAAACGGCAAUGGUCAAGGAGCAGUUGAAGAGGUACAAAGCAACGAUUCGCGACAUGGAGGUCAGCAAUGAGGAACUGGAAAAUGCAGAGCGGUGAGUACUGCACAAGAAUGUUUACGCCGCGUAUGGUCGACUCUGAGCCCGGAUCUGUGCCUUGCUAGUAUGAUCGCGUCCUCAUUGCAUGAGCGGGAAGCCAACUACAACAAAGCCCUAGAGCGCACAGUUCUGUUGGAGGAGGAGCUCAUCGCCAAGGGCCGUCUCGAAGAUGAUAAUCAAAGACUCAAAGACGAGAUUCAAGGUGGGUGAAGUGACCAUGGAGAUCGAGCAGCACCCUGAGGCUGAAACUCACCUGUCGACGCUUGCAGAUCUCAGUGAAGAGCUCGGAAUAGCGCGAGAGAAGCUGAAGGAAGUACAAGCACAAAAUGCCGCGUCAAGCAGGGCAGUGUCACGCGCAGGCAGAGAGACUCCUGUCGAGGGCUCUGGCAAGCCUAACGGUGACAUGAGCAUCGCCGAGCUGAUGUCCAAGCCGCGACCGAGCACUUCGACGUCAGUGGCCAGCUCUACCUCUAGACCCUCCUCGCGCGUCAACGAGCGCUUGUCUCCAAUCCAAGGAUCCGUCAACACUCGCCCCCCUUCCGGUGCUCCGCUUGGACCGCCAGCGAGCAGCGCAAAGCUGAGAGGUACCGUCACUGGACACGUGCGACGGUCAAGUCGCGACAUUGGCGCUACCUGCGGUGAAGAUAGCCCUAGCUUGCGGGCAUCGCGAUUGAGACGAGAUCUGCCUGCCACAUCGCGGGUCGGCUUCACACCUGCCAGAACACGCGUUGGGAGCACAAGAGUUUUAAGCACAGCCGAGAACCCGACGGGCAGCAGUAGCAAGGGAAUGAUGCAGGCCAUGCAAGCCAGGAUGAAAGCGCUCGACAGCCGCAUCAGUUCAGCUAGGAACAUGAGCAAGGUAGCGCCGGCCAGUGAGCUUGAUAGAAGUGCCAUUCCCCGACCUUCGAGCAGAUUGGGUGAGAGUAGAGGUCCAGGUGGUCUUAGCUCGCCGGGUCCCUACACUACACCUGCGCCCGUCCGAACCAGUCGCGCUAGCUUCGAUGGACGAGGAUCGCAGAGCGGCAUUCCAGUACCGCCAACGGGCUUGUCCAAGUCCACAGCGCGCCGACCCGGUUCGCGGCUCUCGCAAGCGCCAGGCGGUUCUGCAGCGGACUCGCCUCCACAGCACACCAUCCCUCUGCCUCGCUCCAUCACCCCACUUCAAAGACCAUCGAGCCAGAGCGGACAUAAUCACAAUAACGACUUGGACUUGCUCAACAGUGCUCCAGAGGCCAAGACGCCACCAGGUACCGCAGCUCGAGUGCGUAGGGUCAGCACGACAACCAGACCGGGUGGGGCGAGUGCCUCUAUACGGCCCAGGGGGAGCACACUUGCCGCCGCAUCUGGUGCAAUCCCAAGACCUUCUACAACAGCCACAGAAGAGGGUGCCAACAUUUUGCUAGAGUCUUCUGCCCGCGUCAGGCAGCACGGAUCUAGGCCUGCGAGCGGAGCGAUGCGCUCGGGUCCUCCCGUCAGCUGGAACAACACUGCUGGACGUACGCGCAGCGGUUCUUUUGGUCAGCGAUGA